CUCGGCUGAAAAGCACUCACCAUCACUCUCCUUGCCACACACCUCCUCGCCGCGCCGCGCCUGUCGCCUGCUCUGCUAGCGGCGACGCCUCUGCUCCUUCGCAGCGGGCACGUCUCACGAAUCUUGUGUGCAGCGAGUCGAUUGGUACCGAGGAGGGUGCGAGUCGUGAUGGCAGCGGCAGAUGCUGCAAAUGCUGCUAUGCUGGCGGGCAUAGUGGGCUCAGGUCUGCUUGGUGGCCUGUACUUCAUCUUCUCCUUCUGCGUGAUGCAGGCUCUCAACACGCAGCCUCCGGCGACGGCCAUCCACGUGAUGAACAGCAUCAACGAAGCCAUCAUCAACCCGCCCUUUUUCCUCAUCUUCAUGGGCACACCACUCGCUUGCUGCUAUGUGCUGUUUCGGUGCGUCAAGGAGGGCAUUCGAUCGCCCGACCACACGCUCGCCGCUUCGGGCGCGCUGCUGCUCCUCGUCGGCGAGUUUCUGCUGACCGCUUUCGUGCAUGUCCCAAAGAACGAUGCCCUUGCCCGCUACGUGGUGACAGGCAGCGGCAACGACGCGACCGUCUGGGCCAAGUACUUCACGUCGUGGACGCGAUGGAACCACGUGCGGAUGUUGGCGUCGAUUGCGACCAGCGCCCUCCUGGCCUCGGCGCUGAGCCUCAGAGGCGCUCGUCUCAGUGCCGGCGGCGGCGCCGGCACAGCACCGCUGAUGCAUUAAGCGGCCGCGCCGCGGAGUCAUCAGGCAUGAACCCGCUUGGGCUGUCUUCCAGCGUCUCUGCCGCUAGUCGCCGGCGGACAGUAAUAGCCUUGUUUAUAGCCACGCAGGGGGGCGCCCGCCGGGCCACGCCAGCCCAGGCCAGCCCAGCCCGCAACCCUAGCGCACCCCCCAAGGCUCUCUGUGGAGCUGCGCAGGAGCGGUGACCGCUGACAUCCCCCUGGCCGCGAAAGGGAGAGAAAACUCGCUGAG